CGGCGGCAGACAUGGUCGGGCCGCUCGCGGAGCGCGACGCGCGCGCGCCCGCCGUCGGGCGCUAGACGGGCGGAGGCCAAGAAUCGCCGCUCAAUCGCGGCGACCAUGGACGUGGUGACGCCGCAUAUUACCUCCGUGCUGAGGACGUACCAGGCCAGCGCCCCGCGCAGCCUGCAAGGCCCGGGCGGGGGCGGUGGUCCCGCGGGGGCGCGCGCCACUGCCGCGCCGCCGCCACCGCCACCUCGCGCCGCGCCGCCCAUCCUGCUCGCUGCUGACCCUGUGCUGGGCGAGCGCGGCGAGACCGCACUUGAGGGCGAACCUAUCUCCUGCUUUAGCGUGGGAGGCGAGCGGCGCCUAUGCUUGCCGCAGAUCCUUACAUCAGUGCUGACGGACUUCAGCCUGGAGCAGAUCAACCGUGUUUGCGACGAGUUGCAGAUCUACUGUUCACGUUGUACACCAGAGCAAUUGCACGAGCUGAAAUCAACGGGCGUGUUGCCGCGCUCGGCGCCCUCGUGCGGGCUGAUCACCCAGACGGAUGCAGAGCGCCUGUGCGCGGCGCUUCUGCACGCACCGGCGACGGCAGCUCGUAAGCUACCAGGGUUCCGCGUGUAUCAUGAGUGUUUCGGAGGCGCCCGAGGCGUGUGCGCUCCAGAGCUAGGGCUAGUGCAGUGCGUGGAGUGCCGCGGGGUGUACGGGCCGCGACGGUUCGUGUGCCACUCGCACGGCACGGAGCACCGCACGUGCCAUUGGGGAUUCGACUCGACACGAUGGCGACGUUUCCUACUGGUGUCAGAAGAAGAGCGCGACCGCGAAAAGUGCGGUGCGUUGCUGGACGAGCUCGCUGCGAGAGAUUCGCGCGAGACUCAACCACCACCGCCGCCUGCCCUCGUCAAACAACAAAUACCACUCAAAAGAAAACAGGUAGUGGAAACGGUAGUCUGCAAGCCAGAACCUGCGGAAUCCCCCCCGAAAAAAGCAAGGGGCGAAGACUACAGCUAUGCGAUUUACUUAGAUCCGUAUGCACAUUUACGGUACAGGACAGUACCUGCCUUUAGGCCGUGGGGGAAGAGGGAACCAGAACUUCAGCAUCCAGAGAGAGUUGUCCGUGUUGCUGACUGCACAAGGUUCGAACAGGACUUCCAACCGAAUGUAGCUUUAAAACCCCUUACACCUCCCGUGGACGAUGUGACGUCAUCUACGUCCCCUCCACCGUCAGAUCCUGAACUGACCGCCAGGUUGUUAGACGCAGAGGCGAGGCUGUCUGAAAGAGAACGACAGCUUGAUGAAAGAGAAGCGGAAUUAGCUCGUCGUGAAGCAAGACUCGAAGAAAGAGAGAGAGAAUUAGAGCGACGAGAGCAAGCCGUUGAAGAGAAAAGAGAAGAAACACCAGAGCCCAAUUCCUCGCCAACGGAGGAAGCCGAGCAUCCGCCGUGUUGACCAACGCGAGUGAUCGUGAGGCUUCGCUUCAAGUGAGAGUGAUGAACGUUAAGACAAUGCGUCUCCUUAGUACAAAACUGUGAACGAUUAGACAUUUGUUAUCGUUCUGUAACGUGCCGUCGCGCGUGAUAAUAAGCCUACGUUUUAAACUUUUUCAAUCAUUGAUGUAAAGAUGAUCUGUGACCGACUCGUUGCGAUGUUUACAAAUUCACUAUUUCAAGUGAUGGAUAUGAAAACAUCACUGAUAAUGUAUAGAUUAUAAAGAAAAUAGCUGCUUGAUAAGCAUGUACAUAUUCACAUGAAGUACAGAUUGUUAAAUAAUAGUUUUUUUUUUUUACAUAAUUUACAGUUUUUUCUUGUAGACUCUUUCAAUGUGUGCCAUUCUGAAGGUACUGCUGUUACCUUUCGUAUAACCUCAUCUGUGCUUUUCAAUAUAAUGUAAUACUCACAUAAUAAUAUAAUAAAUAAUAGUUUUAUAGCCUACAACCAUAAGCAUAAUUUAUACAGGGUUAUUUUUAAGAUUUACGAUAUCUGCAGUAUAAUAUAUUAAACCUCUUUUAUUCCUUGUUAUCAUUUCGACCGUAGACCUUACAACGUUUUAGAUUUAGAAUGUUACAAACCCAAUUAAUUCGACAAAUAACUCUGUAUAAAAAAACCUCAGCUAUACCAAAUAACAGUUUAUAAUAGAACUCUUGCAAUUUACAUACCUAUUGCAUUCACACACACAUUAUGACAAAAUACCUCUGGAGGUCGGUAAAAAAAAAUUAAUUAAUUAUAAUUAUUAUGAAACCAUUCGUGGCAAGUGACUUUUGUUAAACAUAUUAUUUGGAUUGACAUUGUUAUGUAACAAACGCUAGUACGAUAUGAUUGUUAUAUUAUUAAGCUAUUCUUGCAGCGUUAUAAUUAGAAAUUAUCAAAAUUCAAGUCGAUAAAUGCAGAUCGGCCUAAAAUUUAUGUAAUCCUAUACAAGAAAACUAGUAUAAAAUCGCUUAGAAUACGUUUAUUCUAAAAUCUGUCAUAAUAUAAGGGUUAUAGCCCACGUUCUACCUCAUUGUAUAUAAAAAAAAUUUGGCUGAUAAGGAAAUUGUAAGCAAAUUUUCAUUUAAUAAUUUUGAGUAUGUACUUUGGAGCAAUAAUUUGAAAAUGAAACAGUGUGAAUUGUCACUGCCUGAUUAUUCUAGGUAAUGAUAUUUCUGUCUAUUUAGAAUUUAUACCUAUAUAUUUUUUGCGAAGAAAUAGAUUGUACGAAUUACGGCAUAAUAAAGUUAGAUCAUAGUCUUGUUCUUGUCAUCACAAUUUAAAAUAUUUGUACGUCAGUAAAGAUGACGAUUUUAUUAGCAUUUUCUACAUUACUUUGACGUUUUUUAACCAGAUAUACCUGUGUAUAAAAUUAUAGAUUUCAUAGCCUUCGCCAGUAAGUGUGCAUUUUUUUUUAUUUUUCUGCGACUGAGCAUACCAUUUUGUACGUAAAACGUAAAUUUUUUUGUCGUUGCUGUAUGCAACUUGUGAUUUUCUUAGCAGUUUAUAGAAGCCUUACACACAUGUAAUUAUUGUGGUGAUAUAUAUAUAUUUACUCUAUAAUUUUUUUUUAAUAUUCCCUUUAUUCUUAAUCAGUUAAAUUGUGAACGUGAAAAAUAUUGAAACGAUUUCGAAUAAUGGAAUAUCUGUGAAAAUUAUCGAAUCAAAUUUUCGAUUUGUAAUGUUCUGUAAUGGCGGUUUGGCGCCAAUUUGGUUACCGGCAGUUUGUACCGGAUUUAGAUUUAAAAAUGUGAAAUAAGAUUUCACUUUUCGGAAGUGACUUUUUAAUAUUUUGGCAAAGCUCAAACGUGUGUAGACACAAUGUUUUUUUUUUUUUUAAUAUAUAUAUUAUUUCUUUCAGAGUGCUGUUACUUUGUAGAUAGUUGUUAUAUGGUAUUCAGUUCUAGAUAAGACCGUAUCUCUAGUCAGGGACUUUUCGAAAAUAAAAUUACCAUUUUACUGUUUUAAUAUGUUUUUCAAAUAGGUUGACACCUAUUACAGGCGAGUGUAAUAAUAACUUAUUUUAAACGAUAGAUUUAAUUAGAAACGAACUGUAUGUCGGUAUGUGUAAAAUAAGGUUUGAAUCAUGAAACUUUUCUGUCAGUACAGUUGUUGAUCACGUAUUUUGGUGCUAAAAUAAUUUUGGCUUGGCUAACGUAGUAAUUAAUUGUACAUAUAAUAUAAUUUUACUAUUUAUUGGCAAAAAUUACGUUUCUGUUUAUUAAAAUGUAGUUUUAACUUUUAUUUAAAUGGAAUGAUUAUAAAUGUAUACUUUUGUUUGCAAAUUAUAUACUAUGGCUUAGCCAUUUCCACGGCGGUUUUUGAAAAACAUUGUAAUUAAUCUUUUUUAAAGUAUUAAUUUAAUUGCAAGUAAUUAAAACCCUAAUAUUUGUUUAACGAUGAAGAAGAAAAAAAUCGUACAAAAAAAGCAUAAUCUGGCUAAAGCUACUUGAGACUCGGCACAUAUUGGUGUUCCUUUUCAAAACCCCCACUUAGUGGGGCAAAGCAAAGCUGGUCUGCCACCAAUAUCAUGUUCUUAUCCGACAGUAGUUUACAAAUGUCUCCUUAAAGUUGAAAAUUUAGUUUAUUUGCAAUAUUAUAAAAUUAACGCUUUAAUCCUUACGUAGGUUGUAUAUUUUUGUCGAUGGAAAAGUUUCAAUACCUCUCACUGUCUUGUCUUAGAAAAUAUGAAUGGUGCUAACUAUAUGCCAUUUGUGGUCUUUGUAAAAUAAUUUCGAAUUAAAAUUUAAAAAAAAUAAAUAAAUAAAUAAAAAAUCAUACGGCCAAAUAAAAAAUUGUGACAAUUAUUGUUUUGUAAAGACUCCAUAGGUUGUAAUAUUUAUUUUAAAGUUUUAGAUGAAUCGUAUAAUUUUAAUAUGAAGGCAGUGAGAGUUUGUAUGUAAAUAAUACUUACGUCUUAAUAUUGUAUGACAUUGUGAAUGAUUGUAAGGCUGUUAUAACCCUAAUACUAGAGUAAGCGCUAGGAAUCCCUCGAGGAAAUCUUUUAUCCAGUAAAAUUUUAAUCAUUGACAGUCAAAUUAAUAAGUUCUAAAAUACUUCAUAUAAAACUAACGCUAUCCGUCGGAUAGUUAUCAUUGUAAACAUCUCCUGUUAAUAAUUAGUAUAAAAUCAAGACCUACUUUGUACAGCUGUAUUUGUCUUUUAUAAUAUAUAAACGAUAAAAGAUUUCCUGGACAGGGUUUGGCGCGAUUUGCCAGGGUAUAAUAUACUCCUGUGAUCUCAAAUGUGUGAAUGAUAUAAACCAAUGGUACGUCUUCGGUAAAGAAACAGUCGCAACAGAGUAGUUUAUUUUAUUAUAUUACCAAAUUAUUAUUUUCAUCUAUUCUGUAACAUUACCAGCAGAUCUUAAUUUUAUAUUCCUUGAUCAUCAAGUAUUUUUUACUUAUUGCCAUUGUAUGAGAAUGUUUAAGUAAAUGUGGUUAUUCUAUAAAAGUAACAGAAAAAUACUUUCGGCAAAACUAUUGCAAUUUAUUAAUAUAACUCAUUAAAAGCUCUAUGUAACAUUAAAUGUAAAUGUAAAUAAAAUAAAAUUCAAGAGUACAAAUAGAUCAAAUAUUUUUCUAUUUAAAUAAAUAAACAAUGUUACACCUUUUUUAGCUAUAAAGUUUUAUUUUUACUAUUAUCUGUCAUUCUUUUUUUUUUUUUUUAUUUUAACUGAAUGUCGUCGAGUCUUGUGCCAAUCAAUGUAUUAAUAAUUGAGAACGUAAGUAAAUGGCAAUUUGUAAAAAAAAUAAGUGAUCAUGAUUUUUUAAAUUAAAACCAUGCUUAGUCAUGUUAGCUAAUAACGCCAUCUGUUAAUGAAUUAAGUCAAACUAGUGACAUCGUGACUUAUAAAAAACUUUGAAAUUAUCACUGUUAAUAAAUACAAUAAAAACAUUUAAUGUCGUUAUAAGUAUUUUUUCUCUUUAUUUCGAACGUGUUCGGUUUAUCCUAAUAUAACUUAGAUAUUUAUUGUAUUUAUCGUAAGAAUAGUUUUCGGGCUGUCGCCCGUUUGUCCUCGAAUUAGAUGAAAAAAAUGUUGCAAUAUGGAUUUUUUUUUAUUCAAAAUAAAACGAUCUUUAAAAAGAAUCAGCAAUAAAACUUAUAACUAUAAUGUAUUUAUAUAUGUAAUUCGUUGGAACGUUUCAAAGGGGCGCUUAAUCGCAACAUUUUAAGAUUUAUUUUGGUAGAUAAUUGUUUAAAAUUCAUAAUUUCAAUACACGAUAUUAUGUUCACACGCUUAUGACCUCGUGAGCUACACGUUGGUCAUAACAAGAAACGUUUUUGCGUGUAUUCAAUUAAAAAAGACACAAAUAAAAGUCCUUAUCGACUCAGGCGACCUGGUUUUAAAAAUCUGUCAGUUAUCAACGACGUAAUUCUCUUGCCAAUGUAACGAUUAGACUUAUAUUUAUUAAAGUAUUUAAACCUUUUCAAAUUAUAUUUUUUCGAUGGUUAUAAAAUUUCUUGCCUAAUACAAGUCUGAUUUAUCUAGCGGACACCAAAAAGAAAAUCAUUUAAAUUCUUAAUUGUAUAACUUCUUUCGCUAUUAAAAAAAGUAUUAAAUCAGUUAUCAGACUCGAUCAACAGAUGGCGUUGUCUAACAAUUUCUAUGUACUGUUUGUUAUUGUCUUAAUUUGCGACUGUGUUGUUUGAUGGUUUAAGAAUGAAACUUGUUUAUGAACUGUGUGUGUUUAUAUCAGAAUAACUUUGCUACAUUAUUUUAAUCCAAUGAAACAUUCCCGGUUAUGUUUUUUGGAUUUACUUUCAUCGUUUUUAUCAGUAAAACUACAGAUUGUAUAAUGUAUUGUACCUGAUAAUUAGAAGGUUAAGAAAUUAUAUAUAAUUAAAGUUCUGUUAUGCACACACAUUAUCGUAACGUUGUGGUUUCGAAGUGUGUUUUACUUGAAAAGCUUAUGAGUACCUUGUGGAGCAAUAAAGUGAAAUCAUUUUCA